AAAAAUGCGGCGGCAGAAACAAAAGAUUGAAGAAUCAUGAGACAAAAAACACGCAGUUAAAUUACGGAUUCUGUCUCCGCCGCUACCACCACCCAAUCUCCUCUUUUAUUCUUCUUCUUUUUUUUAAUAUUUUAUUAUUCUGCAAAUCAAUUCAUCAACCAACCAAUCCGCGGACUCCGCUCCUGUCGCCCUCCUCAAGUCCACCUUCCCCGGCGGGGAUGCCGAUGCUGAAGCCUCUCAAUUUCCACCAGAAGCAGCACCACCAUCACAACUACUUACAGCACGACCACUGCCGCCGGCGGCAGCGUUAGUCGAACCAACAGUGCUUCCUCAAUCACGACCACUAUCACAACUAUCGGACGCUAUGAUAUCGAAUAGAGAUCCCGAUGCUCUCUUCAGCGGCGGGGGCAUCAGCUUUCUCUCUGGCAGCCGAACUGCAAAACUCAGCUAUGGAUAUUCAAGUUUUAAGGGAAAAAGGGCUUCAAUGGAGGAUUUCUAUGAGACAAGGAUAGCUGAAGUUGAUGGUCAAAUGGUUGCCUUCUUUGGUGUUUUUGAUGGUCACGGAGGUGCCAGAACUGCUGAAUAUCUUAAAAACAACCUAUUCAGGAAUUUAAGCAGCCAUCCUGAUUUUAUCAAAGACACAAGGACAGCCAUUGUUGAAACAUUCAGACAGACAGAUGCAGAUUACCUCAAUGAAGAAAAAGGCAAUCAGAAAGAUGCUGGGUCAACUGCAUCAACUGCUAUGCUGUUGGGGGACCGGCUCCUUGUUGGGAAUGUUGGUGAUUCUAGAGUGGUAGCCAGUAGAGCUGGUUCAGCUGUUCCACUGUCUAUUGAUCACAAACCUGAUAGAUCUGAUGAACGCCAAAGGAUUGAAGAGGCUGGAGGUUUUGUCGUGUGGGCAGGAACAUGGCGCGUCAGUGGUGUUCUUGCUGUUUCUCGUGCAUUUGGAGAUAAACUACUUAAGCAGUAUGUUGUUGCUGAGCCAGAAAUUCAGGAAGAAGAAAUUGACGGUGUGGAUUUUAUAAUCAUUGCAAGUGAUGGUCUGUGGAAUGUGUUAUCAAAUCAGGAUGCAGUUGCUUUAGUUCAGGACAUACCAGAUCCAGAAGCAGCAUCAAGAAAACUAAUACAAGAAGCUUAUGCAAGGGGGAGCUCUGACAAUAUUACUUGUGUCAUAGUUCGAUUUAACAAUUCAUGAGUGGAUUUGUCUAGGUUUCGGAUUUAUCUGAUUUUAAGAACCAUUAAAUAUCAUUCGUAUCAGAAACCAGGAAGUUCAAAUUGUACCAUUGGUGCUUUUCUUCUUAGCUUCUUAUUCAAGUAGAAAGACUGUUAUAAGUUGAUUACUAUUGCUGGCUAACAACUGGAUUUUUCAGCUUCUUAGUUUUGAUACGUGCUCUUUUAUGGUUGGCUUGAGCAAUCCUUUUACCUGAUGUAAAAGAUUGGCAUUGUGGUUCGGCGUUUUGAUGCCUCCAGCCACAUCAAAUUGUUCUAAGUGAUUCCUAAUGACUUGGUUUGUCAAGAUCCUUUCCUUUUUGGUGUCUUUUUUGAAACAAAAACAAGGUAAAAUUGAGGUAAUUACAGUUUUAACAUUACACAGUUGGUAUGA